GAGAUCUGUUUCCGGGUUGAAAGUUCGGUCCUCGGCCUGUUCUCGCCCAAUACCAGUGCCUUGCUUCUCCUCCCACCCUCCCCACCCCACCCCACCCCACCCCACCCCCCCGGACUUGUCUGCCGCGGCCAAAAUGGCGGCGGGCGCGGGGAGUGGAAGCGGUGCCGGCGCGGCUGGGGUCGCCUCAGUAGCGUCGCUCUGGAGCGAAGUGAACCGCUGCGGUCAGAACGGCGACUACGGGCGCGCGCUCAAGUCGGUCAAUAAGAUACUGCAAGUCAACAAGGAUGACGUGACUGCACUACACUGCAAAGUGGUCUGUCUUAUCCAAAAUGGAAAUUUCAAGGAAGCCCUCAGUGUGAUUCACACCCACACCAAAAUUCUGACCAGUGAUUUGAUAGCCUUUGAGAAGGCUUAUUGUGAAUACAGGUUGAACAGGAUUGAAAAUGCCCUGAAGACCAUUGAAGGAGCCAGCCAGCAGACAGACAAGCUCAGGGAGCUUUACGGACAAGUGCUGUACAGAUUAGAACGUUACGAUGACUGCUCAGCUGUGUAUCGUGAUCUCAUCCGCAACUCCCAAGACGACUAUGAAGAGGAACGGAAAACGAACCUUUCGGCGGUGGUUGCGGCACAGAGCGCUUGGGAGAAAGUGGUGCCAGAAGAUCUGGGCCUCCAAGAAGCUACCUAUGAGCUGUGCUAUAAUGCUGCAUGUGCCUUAAUUGGCCAAGGCAGGCUGAAUGAUGCCAUGAAAAGCCUUCAGAAAGCAGAAGAGCUGUGUCGUCAGUCUCUUGCAGAAGACUCGGAUGCUACUGAAGAAGAUAUUGAGGCUGAGCUGGCCAUCAUUCAUGGCCAGAUGGCUUAUAUUUUGCAGCUUCAGGGUCACACGGAGGAAGCUCUACAGCUUUACAAUCAGAUAAUCAAACUGAAGCCAACAGAUGUGGGAUUGCUCGCUGUCAUUGCUAACAAUAUUGUUACCAUCAACAAGGACCAAAAUGUCUUUGACUCAAAGAAGAAGGUGAAGCUGACCAACACAGAAGGCGUCGAGCACAAACUCUCUAAAAAGCAGCUCCAAGCAAUAGAAUUUAACAAAGCUUUGCUGGCCAUGUACACCAACCAGGCAGAUCAGUGUCGCAAAUUGUCCUCAAGUUUACAGUCGCAGAGCCCCGAACACCUCCUUCCUGUGUUAAUCCAGGCAGCUCAGUUGUGUCGAGAGAAGCAGUAUGCCAAGGCAAUAGACCUUCUACAGGAGUUUGCAGAGCAGCACCCCGAGAAAGCAGUGGAGAUCAAAUUGACCAUGGCACAGCUAAAAGUGGCUCAAGGCAACAUUACCAAAGCAUGCAUCAUCUUGAGGAGCAUAGAAGAACUAAGGCAAAAGCCAGGCAUGGUUUCAGCCUUAGUGAUGAUGUACAGCCACGAAGAAGACAUCGAUAGCGCCAUUGAGGUCUUGUCACAAACCAUUGAGUGGUAUGAAAAAUUCCAGCCAAAGUCUUCAGUUCAUUUGUUGCUCAUCAGGGAAGCGGCGAACUUUAAGCUGAAGCACGGUCGGAAGAAGGAAGCCAUCAGCGAUCUCGAGGAGCUGUGGAAGCAAAACCCAGAGGACAUCCAUACCCUGGCCCAACUCAUCUCAGCGUACUCCUUGGUUGAUCCCGAGAAAGCUAAAGUUCUUAGCAAGCACUUGCCCUCCUCUGACACGAUGUCUUUAAAGGUAGACGUGGAUGAGCUUGAAAACUCGCACGGGGCUACGUACGUUCGGAAGAAAGGAGGGAAACCCACCAACGAGAAUCAACCGAAAGAGCAAGGCCAAGGAGAUGUUAAGAAGAAGAAAAAGAAGAAGAAAGGAAAACUGCCAAAGAAUUAUGAUCCCAAAGUGACUCCCGACCCAGAGCGGUGGCUUCCCAUGCGGGAGCGUUCCUACUACCGGGGGAGGAAGAAGGGAAAGAAGAAGGAUCAAAUCGGGAAAGGGACCCAAGGAGCGACAUCGGCAGCAUCCUCUGAACUGGACGCUAGCAAGACCGCAAGCAGCCCCCCUACAUCCCCGAGGCCUGGCACCGUCACAGCAACCCCUUCUGCAUCGACGAGCAACAUGGUACCCCCCAGACACCAAAAGCCUGUUGGCGCACCAGCAACCAAGAAAAAACAGCAACAAAAGAAAAAGAAAGGCGGGAAAGGAGGCUGGUGAUCGUGGCAAGCAGGCUGUUGCAUUUUAACUCCCCACCCCACCCCACCCCUGUUGUGAAUACAGAAUAAAGGACAAAAAGGACA